AUGAAUACAUCAUCUGAAAAAACAGAUCAAUGUGAAAUUUGUUGCGAGGAAUCUAAGAAAUUAUAUCAAUGCUGUCAGAGUAAAAAAUGUAGUUUAUGUGAAAGCUGUUGGUCACAAAUAAUUUUAUCAGCAAUUGAAAAAGGUCAAAUAGGUUCAUUAUUUUCUGGAACUUUAAUGUGUCCAAGUUGUCAUCAACCAAUUGAACGUAAUCAACUUCCACAAGAUAUUCAGCCUCAAUUGGAUAAUAUACUUCUAACAAUUCCAAAAACAAAACAUCCAAAAUUUAUUGAAGAAUUUAAUUAUGCAUAUAAAGAUUCUCAACAUUUACGUCAUUGUAUUACGAAUGAAAAAUUUAUUUUUCUAUCACAACGUCAUUAUAAUUUGCUUGGUAGUUGUAUAGAUACAUAUAUUCAAUCAUUAAUGAAAAAUAAUGAAUGGAAUUAUAGAGAAUUAUGGUUACCUAUUAAGGAAGAUAAUACAGAUGAUCAUCAUGAUCAAGUUAACAUAUUUACUUCAAAUGAUUUUGAAACGAAUGAAAAUGGAUGUUUAAUAUUAAUUCAAGGUUCUGGUGUUGUACGUCCAGGACAAUGGGCACGUUCAUGUUGUAUUAAUGAAUCUCUCGAUAUAGGAACUAUGUUUCCUUAUAUGGCUAAAGCAAAAGAACAUAAUUUAUCUGUGAUAAUUCUCAAUCCAAAUCAAACAAGUUAUAUAGUUGAAAAAUCUGUUGAUAUUGAUGAUACAUUACCCACCAAUACAGAAAUGAAUGUUACUAAUGAACAAAAAUCUCAUGAAGUUAAAGAUAAUAAAGAAGCCGAUGUUAGAGAUCAGCAAAUAUCUACUACAAAUGAAAAUAUAGAUAAUCAAACAGAAAAUCAUCCUGAUGGAAUGCUGAUAGAUUAUUAUUUAUCUCCACGUCCAUUGCCUUGUUCAAAAAAAGAAAAAAUUCCAAAUUUAUCGACAAGUCGUGAACAUGUUCUAUAUGUCUACGAUAAUAUUAUUUCAAAAUCACCAGCAAAAAAUUUUUAUAUUGUUGCACAUUCAGCUGGUGGUGAUGGUUUAAUGUAUUUAUUACGUAAACGUCAGGAUAAAAUCCUCUCAACUCUUUCCAAAAUCGCUUUUACUGAUUCAGUUCAUUCUAUAUUACCAUUCGAGCCGAAUGAAAUCAAAAAUUUUUUAAAAACAAAUGCAAUACAUUUCGUUGCUAGUGAUAAACCAAUGGGAGAAUCAAUUGAUCGUGCAUAUGAUUUUUCACAAGGAUCAAUCUGUGAAGAAGUAUCAGCUGGUCAUCCUAAACAUGAAUAUACAUCUGGACAUUGUGUUGAAGGAGUUUUUAAGUUUUUCUUUCCUUCAGAUAACAAUAUAUGUACAACAAAAUUUUAA